AUGGCGGACAAGUCGGUGGAUGAGACCGUGCAUGUGCCCGCUGUGGAUACGACGGUAGCGCGGUCGGAUCGCUGGGAGGGAAACGAGGAGCGGUGCUGCCAUGUGAGGCAGAGCGGUCGCCAGAGCUUGUACUUUGAGGACUACCGCGACCAUGGCGAGAAGCCACAGAACAAGGACGACCGUGGUGGCGGCGUAGGUCGUGAGUGA